GCCAUCAUCAGCGGCAGCGCUUCGCCUGCCAUCAGGGCCAUGGCAGCUGCCGCUCAUCGGCAGCCUGCACCACCUCCUGCUGUCGCGCUUCAGCGACCUGCCCCACCGGGCGCUGCGCGAGAUGUCCGGAACCUACGGGCCGCUCAUGAUGCUCCGCUUCGGCGCCGUGCCCACGCUGGUGGUCUCCUCCGCCGAGGCCGCCAGGGAGGUGAUGAGGACGCACGACCUCGCCUUCUGCGACCGCAGCCUGACCGUCACCUUCGACACCAUCAGCUGUGGGGGCAAGGACCUCAUCUUCUCCCCCUACAACGCCCACUGGCGCGAGCUCCGCAAGCUGUGCAUGCUCGAGCUCUUCAGCCAGCGCCGCGUGCUCACGUUCCGGGGCAUCCGGGAGCAGGAGGUGGCGCACCUCCUGCGCUCCGUCUCCGGGGAGUCCGCCGACGGCCGGCCCGUCAACCUCAGCGAGGGGAUCUGCCGCAUGAUCAACGACAUCGCCGCGCGCACGGUCGUCGGCAACCGGUGUAAGUACCGGGACGAGUACAUGCGCGAGCUGGACGAAGUGGUGCGGCUGGCCGGCGGGUUCAACCUGGCGGACCUGUACCCGUCCUCGCGGCUGGUGCGCCGGUUCAGCGCCGCCGCGAGGGACGCCAGGAGGUGCCAGAGGAACAUGUACCGCAUCAUCCAGAGCAUCAUCGAGGAGCGUGAAGCCAUGCCGACGCCGGAGCGUGACGAGGAGGACCUUCUCGCUGUCCUCUUGAGGCUGCAGAAAGAAGGUGGCCUGCAGUUUGCUCUCACCAACGAGAUAGUCAGCGCCGUCAUUUUCGAUAUUUUCUCAGCUGGGAGUGAGACGUCGUCAACCGUUCUAAUCUGGACGAUGUCGGAGCUAGUGAAGCAUCCGCGGGUGAUGCGCAAGGCCCAGUCCGAGGUGAGGGAGGCCUUCAAGGGACAAGACAAGGUAACCGAAGGCGAUCUGGGCAAGCUGGAAUACCUACGGCUGGUGGUCAAGGAGGCUCUACGGCUGCACGCUCCGGUGCCACUCCUGCUGCCCCGGGAAUGCCGCGAGCCGUGCCGGGUGCUGGGCUACGACGUGCCCAAGGGGACCAAGGUGUUCGUGAACGCCUGGGCGAUCGCCAGGGACGGGAGGCUGUGGCGCGACGGCGAGGAGUUCAGGCCGGAGAGGUUCCAGGGCAGCGGCGUCGAUUUCAGGGGCAACGACAUGGAGUUCAUACCGUUCGGGGCAGGCAGGAGGAUCUGCCCCGGCAUCACGCUCGGGCUGGCCAACCUGGAGCUGGCGCUCGCGAGCCUUCUCUACCAUUUUGACUGGGAUCUGCCCGGUGGCGCUAGGUUGGAGGAGCUCGAUAUGGCAGAGGCCUUUGGGAUAACGCUGAGGAGGAAGUCCGCGUUGUGGGUCAAGGCCAAACCUUACGGGAAUUUUAUGCCAAAUUAAUCAGGUGACUUGUGAUGUGAACGAGAGAUUAUUGGUCUGUUUAGUGGCUGUUGUAUCAAUUUCUGACAACAAAUAUAUAUGCUUAGUGUG